UAAACCAGUAUGGUAGCAUUUACAUUUGAGCACGGUGAACAUUUACAGUGAAAUUAAAGUGCGCGACUACAAUAAAAAUUAUUAUAUGAACCACAAUUGUAUAAUAUUUACUAAGCUAUAGGAUUAGGAGUACCAAAAUCUGCAUAAGAUUUAAAAAGUAUGACGGAAACAGAAGGAAAUAGCCGCGGUUAUGGGAUCUUCAGAAAGAUACAGGCCAAGAGUAUCGAAGAAGACGAACUAGGAAAAGCCAAAUCUUUUCGAAUAUGUAGUUUACGAAGGCCACACAUGCGCGCCUUUCAUACAUCUUGGUUCUGCUUCUUUAUUGCUUUUACAGCAUGGUUUGGUAUUCAGCCACUAAUACCAACGAUAAGGAAGGAACUAGGUCUCUCUAAAAAAGAAGUUGCACGAUCCGGUAUUGCAAGUAUUUCGGCAACUAUCGCUGUUCGUAUCUUUGUUGGUCCAUUGUGUGACAAAUUUGGUCCAAAACGAGUGAUGUCUGGUUUGCUGAUGAUAGGUGCCAUCCCUCUUGCAUUUUCUGGUUUAAUAAAAAGUGGGACAGGUCUAAUCAUAGUACGUCUUUGUGUUGGUAUCCUUGGAGGGACAUUUAUACCUUGCCAAUUUUGGACAUCUGCUACGUUCAAUGUGAAGAUCGUUGGUACCGCCAAUGCUUUAGUUGGAGGCUGGGGUAAUCUCGGAGGAGGGUUCACGUUCAUUAUUAUGCCUGCACUGUUUGAACUGGUCAAGCUGUUCGGGGCGGAUGAAUUCCUCGCUUGGAAAAUUGCUCUCGUCAUCCCAGCCGUUAUAGUUAUUUUGUUUGGCAUACUUAUCAUUUGGACCUCGGAUGAUUGUCCACAAGGUAAAUGGUCGCUGAGGAAGCUUCCCGAAAUGGACGUCUUUGUUGUAGCGGAUGCAAAGUAUAAAGGGGAUUCUUGUGUAGACGUUGACGAUGUUCAAUAUACAGUUAAAGCUAAAGAACAAGGGAUUGAUAACAUGGCCUUGGAACAGGAUGAAAAAUCGAUAAACUCAAUUUCCUCUACCGUGGACAAAUCCGAGAACAUUCGAUAUGUAAAAGAUAGCCCGGAACAUUAUACAGAAAAUGGUUGUGGAAAGCAUUGGAUAUGGGACAGGAUCUGGUUGGUUGUAGCGAUUGCAGUUCUUGUCAUCCAAUACGGUCUCUGCUUUGGUGUUGAAAUAGCCGUGAACACAGUUAUGAACUUGUAUUUCUUGUAUAAAUUUGAAAAGGAAGAUUGUGUAGAAGGUUUACAAGACGUUAUGCAAACCAAUAACACCACUAACAUGACAACCCCCUCAGUCCUUGCACCAUCAGAUGAUCCAAAUCCAUGCAGUAUUCUAUCACAGAACUCUGCAAGUCUAAUUGCUUCCCUCUUUGGUUUGAUGAAUUUGUUUGCAAGAGCUCUGGGAGGAAUAUUUUCCGAUUUGUUGAGGAAGUAUUUACAAAUCCCUGGUCGGCUAUUGGCGCAUAUAAUAUGCAUGACUGGAGAAGGUGUAAUGCUGAUUGUAUUUAGCCGACUCGAGACAAUACCAACAGCCGUUGCAGCUAUGAUUGUGUUUAGCUUAUUCGUCCAGAUGUCUGAAGGCUCUACUUUCGCCAUUGUUCCAUACAUUCAUCCACGACGUGUUGGUCUUAUUGCAGGAUUCAUAGGUGCUGGAGGGAAUGCAGGUGCAAUGAUUUGGAACACGCUAUGGUUGAAUCUGGUUGAUACUGAUCCUAGUCGGUGGUUUUUCCUUUUAGGUAUAUUUGUUCUUUGUGGAAAUUUAUUGACACUGAUUAUUCCAGUGCAGAGAAAGCGAAUAUGGAAUGUCUUCACUAGAUAGACACUAUAACAAUUUACAUUGUCGAAUAUCAGUUAUGUUCAUUUAUUGGAGCUGUUUCGUGUUAUAUUAAUCAGUAUUCGUUCGGGUGUCCCUUUCUCCAGUUUCUCUUAAUCAAAUUAUAUGUGUCUGUUAUUCAUAAAAGUGUCUCUAUCAAAAUUUGCUCAAUUGAAGCUUUACCAUUUGCUCUUUCGAAGACUCUUUUUUUAUUUUUUUGUAUCGAAUAUUAUGAACACAUAACAAGAUUUCAAGUCGGCAAUAUUUAACUUGAUGGAGACUGCAAAAUUAUAAUUAUGUUCAUUGUGAGAGUUGUCACUCAUUCUUUUAUACGGCAAAAAGUCCCUAAAAUCACCUCCCUGAUACAUUAUUCGUUUGCAUGUUCCGUUACAGUAAUCAGAAAAUCAUACCAUUUCAAUUUGACGUCACUGAAAGAUGUUGAAACGUAACUUCCUUGAUAUGAAAUUACGUUUGACACUUCUGAAAAAAACUGUGGUAAGAUUUAAUAUUAAACUUUAUUAAUUGGUUACAAUUUUUUAUAACCAAACCAAUAUAUUUGUUGAACAUUUCAAUUAGAAAGCAAUGUUUUGUUUGAAAACUGCACCCUCCUUAACUAGCCCGAAAACCCUGACUUUUGAAUAUGAAAUAAUUUUAAUUUCUUCAGUUUGAAAGGAUACAUCUAUAUGUUGUAUUGGAUUGCAUUAUGUUAAUAUCACGUAUUACGCAUUAAAUGCUCAGGAUGUGUGAAAAUGAGAUGUAUAUUGCAUUUUUCUUUUUGAUAUCUGGCAAAUAUUUUCAGAUAUUACUUUAAUGAAACUACACAUUUUAUUCGCUUUGUACUUGAAUGUGUGCUAGUUAUUUACAUGGUAUACAAUGUGACGUAUUAGUUUGGUAAGGUAACUUCCUAAUAAUUAGAACUAGCAGAUAUAUAAACAUAAUGGUUACCAUGGUAACCGAAUUAACAUUAUGUAGAAAUAGGUUUAAAAUAAUUGUCUUUAUUUUAUCAGUACAAUACAUUGCCAAACAUUGCCAAAUAUAGAAUUGUGUUUUAUUACAUGAGAAAUAACAAAUUAUACCUUUUAUCUUAUUUGCAGUUAAAAGUGCAUGUAACUUUUGUUUUUAACCCAUAUGAUGUUAGUUUCCAUGAGCAUAUCUGUUAGUAAUGUUUUGUGUACAAAUAAUAUUACAUAUGUGUACUAGAGAAAAAAAAAAGAAAAACAAAUGAUCUAAACAAUUUAACUUUAAUAUGUUUACUUCUUAUCUGCAAUAGCUUGUCACUAUAUGAUGAAUAAAUCUUUGGUCUUAAACAUUCAUUGUUAGCAUAGCAACAAUGAAAAUGUGAUACAUACUAGGAAAGAAACUUUAAAACGAACAGGAAAACUAUAAAAUUCACUCAUAUCAUUAUUAAAUCAUAUAUUAUUAUUUGAUCAAUUAAAGUGAGUGGCUAGUUUUAAUGGUCAAAGUUAACGUGGCUACCAUGCACAUCCAAUCAUAUGAGGUAUAAGACAGAAAGUGAAUACACUAUAUUACAAACCAGAGCCAAUUUUGAUAUAUCAAAUUUCAUUAAGGAAAUGAAUCUUGAAAUCACUUAGAUCUGUAUACAGAGUCCGGAAAUUCUUACAAUAUAGUAAAACAAUAAAUACUAGUUUACACAUUGGUGUCUAUAGUUUAUGUAGAAUGUAAUAACAUAUAUCCAUGUAUUCAAUUACUUAACCAGGGUCUAAUCAAUAAUCAGAAACUCAUUUUGUCAUUUAAUAGAUUGUAAUAAUAUGAUUUCAGUUAUAAAUAUCAAUUCCAGUGAUCUAUGCAUCACAGUGAUUUACAAACUUUAAUGCUGAAUAAAACAUGACAAAAGGGAAUAUCUUUAGUAUAGUUCAACUGAGAAUGUAUUUCAUAUAGCCAGAAAAAAAAUAUCAGAAGUACCAGUAUAGUACUAAAAUGAAUACAUGGCAUGUUCCUUUCAAUAUCUAUUUUUUAAAAAUGUGUCUUAGAUAUCAGCUUCUGCAAACCUAUCGCUGAACACAUGUUUAUAAACAUAAAACUUGUCAUACACUGCAAGAGUCACCAUUUGAUUCUGACAUCACGCAUGUGCAUAUAAGCAGUUCAUAGAAUAAACAAGAAUCAAAAUCUCUCAGUCUUUUUUCAUGUUUAUACAGUGACUAAACAAGAUUUUGAUCUGGCUUAUUGUAUGUAUGGAUAUUUCUCCUUCCUUUUUCACUAUCAGUUUUAACAGUUAUAGCCUCAGGCUUUGGAACCAUUGACUUAGGGCAUGAACCUUUUUCUGUAAGACAAUACUGCCUAAUUUCAUAAAACAGACACCACUGCCUAGUUGGAUCUAAUCCUUUAGGUACAAUUACAGCUGGUAACUGACUAGCACUUGGUACCGGUGGGUCUUUCUUAAAGACAUUAAUUUCCUGUCCGUUGUCAGCUGCAUAUUCCUAAACCAGUUCAACGCCAGGCUUUUCACUUGUCAUGCUGAAGUGACGAUACUUUUUCAUAGAAAUAAUAGAUUUGAAAAAUUGACCAAGAUAUACAGACCAGUCAUAAAACAACACUGGUUUCUCACUAUCAUUUACAAGCUGAGGUAUGUUAUGUCUGUUUUUAUUUUGAAGACAGAAGAACACAUAGUACCUUAGCAAUCUGGUCUAGGGUCUCAACUAUACAGUGUAGCUGCAUACUCCAAAGUGCCAAUCAGAGCUAAACUGUAAAUGGCCUGCUUCUAUAAGUGAUCACUCAACAGUCCUGUGAAGCACAGUCAUAGUUCUCCAUAGCCCAUACCCGAAAGUGUCAUUUUUAAAGAUAACAUAAAUAUGCUACAAGCAUAGUUCAUUUCUUUAUUUUCAAAAUAUAUGGAAAGAGAAAAAUUAAUACAUCUGAGAUAUGACAAGAUUAUUUUUCAGCAUGUAUGAUAGAGUCUGAGUCUAGCCUGAUAAAAAUUAUAUUCUUAUAUUCUAAAAUUACGUACUUCCCAAAUAGCAGUUUUAGUCCCUAACGGAGUUAUUUGAUUUAAUCUGUGUAAGAAAAAUGAAUAAAGUUAAAUACAACAAUACAGUGUUGUUCUUGUUUUGUCCAGAACAAUUGUCCAUUUGCAGCUGCACAUGCUCCAUUCUAAACCAAUGGUGCUGACAAUGAUGGUAUUUGUUUGUAUCGUUGGAUUUAACGUCACACCGACACAAUUAUAGGUCAUAUGACGACAUUCGAGCUCUGAUGGUGGAGGAAGACCCAAGAUACCACUCCGGACAUUAUUUCAUCACGGGCGGGCACCUGAGUAGAACCGCCGACCUUCCGGUGAGGGGCAAGUGAUCUGAAGUCAGCGUCCUUAACCACUCAGCCACAAAGACCCCUGAUGGUUGAGUAAGUUGGUUACACAGUUAGCCUCUUUACCUUCUGUGCACUUUGCUUCAUCAAUGAGAAUAUCUGCGUACCUGGUGUAAAGUAUGUAAAAGUAUUGAAGACAAUGACAAGUGAUGCCUCAUAAUAACAUAAUAACAUUAUAUUACUUUGACAUUAUAUUACCGUGCCAUUUCUGUAAAAAUCUGAUAUACUUGGUGAAUGUUCCUCACAAUUUUGUAUACUUUACAGAAUGACAAGCUGUCACCUAAGAUAUAUCUGGAAUGAUACAAACAUUUUAUGUAUAAAUCAUGUGCUUAAUUGAGUAACAUAGAAAUCUAAUGAGAAUAACAAUUCAUCUAUAUGCAUGUAAAUUAUAAUAUAAAUUAUAUACUAUUGAUUUAUAUUAGCAAUAAAAUGUGACUAUUUUUUCAUCCACCUGUU